AGGCCGGACCUGCGGCGCACGGAGCGGCUGUACCCGGACAGGGUCUGAAGGAGCAGUGGGUGGUGCGGCCCAGGUACCGGUGCUUGCUCGCAGCACUGACUCCACGCGGGCUGCCCCUGCGCUCUGCCCUGCCUUGCCAGAAGCUGCUGCACCCCGUCAGCCGCCGAGAUGAGCGAGCUCAACACCAAGACAGCCCCAGCCACCAACCAGGCCUCCAGCCCAGAUGAGAAGGGGAAAGCAGGCAACACCAAGAAGGCAGAAGAGGAGGAGGAGAUUGACAUUGACCUCACAGCCCCGGAGACAGAGAAGGCUGCCCUGGCCAUUCAGGGCAAGUUUCGGAGGUUCCAGAAAAGGAAAAAGGACCCUAGCUCCUAAGCGUCCAGCCACCCCUCCCCCCAGGUUCCCUCUCCCCAUCUCCUCCUUGACAUCUUAUUCUCUCUGUCCCUCCAGCUUCCCUUUGGGUCAAGUCCAACCCUUCUCUGUUAUGUUCUUUGGCCUCCAAGUUCUCCUCAAAGCAGCAAGGGUACUGUGAAAGUGGGAGAGAUAGUAGUUUCCUGGUGCCUGGGGUGAGGUUGAUGGGAUCCCUGAGAAUGUGUGUGUUGGGGGGUGGGGGGAGCUCUCAGAGUGAGAUGUUCAUGGAUGAGAUCUCAGGAGACACAUACUCCCUCUCCCCUUCAUUUGCUUCACUCUUGCACUACCACUCCAUCUUCACUGAUGAACUCUGCCCCUGCCCCUCCCUGUGGGGUUCAGAGCCCCCCAGUGUCCCUUUUGGGCAUUACUUCCCCCCAACCCCCCAAUCCAGCAGCUACCAUGUUAGUGCAUGCCACUAGAGCAGUUCCAAGGACAGGAGAGGUAAGACCCAAGUGUCCCUGCUCCUGUGGUCUGGGACCAUGAGGGGCAGAGGGUGGGGGAGAGGUGUGAGGGACCACAGGCAGGGAGGGAAACAGAUUUGGGGAUGGGGAGUGAACAGGUGAUUGCCCCCGACAUGCAUUACUGCUAGUGAAAUUGCGUUUUAGGAGGUUCUUGGGGCUUCGCUGAGCAGCUUGCCCCCAGCCCCGUCCCAUCUCCAGUCUGGCUGCAUCCCUUUCCCAUCCCAGGUCACACCAACUAGGUGACCCCCAUAGUUAGCACCAGCCCCACCCUGGGAAGCCAGGACUGAGUGGGCUCAUGGCUCUUAUGUGACUUUAGCAUGUUGAAUGAUAAUAAAACAAAAUUUUCAAAAGCC